AUAAAAGUUCCCAAUUCCCUUUCAGGUUUUAACAAGAUGCCUUGAUCCUGCACUUCCGACUCACUUUUCAACCCUCAACUCAGCUUAUUAGACUCCGACCCACCCGCUCAAAGCUAUCUUCAGGGCGCCGUCUCGCUUAGGUGAUUUCACCACAACAGCGGACGCUAAUCCCGACCCUGCCGAAACCACACAACCGUUUUUCGACCCUAUCAGAAUGGCGCGAACCAAGCAGGCAGCUCGCCAACGCCACUUGGCGCGCACCCAGCAUAUUUGUGGCCUCUAUCUUGUGGACCGUGCGAGACCGGAGUACGAGUCACAGCGCCUCUAUAUGCCCCAGCUGUCACUCUCAGUCAAAUCUAAGAUCGUCUCAUCGGCGAGCAGGACGACCCUCACUCAGACUUUCGUCAACCCCAAGUCGGAACCGAUCUCCGAGUUGAGGUACACCUUUCCUCUGUAUGACGGAGUCUCGGUGGUCGGCUUCGUCUGCACCAUCAAUGGCGACCGAGUCAUCCGCGGCGUCAUCAAGGAGCGCGCCGAAGCGAAAGAGACCUUCAAAGAGGCUGUCGACCGCGGCGAGACUGCCGGCCUGCUGGAGCAGCUCUUUGAAGCAAGCGAUGUUUUUACCACCACCGUCGGCAACGUCCCUGCAAACGCAAAGCUCCAGGUUGACAUCACAUACCUUGGUGAGCUGAAACACGACGCCGAGGUCGACGGGAUCCGCUUUACCAUUCCCACUCACGUUGCGCCCCGAUACGGGAGCUAUCCAGGCGAACUACUUCAGUCCACUGCGGUCGAUACCAACAGCGGCAUAAGCAUUGUCGUCGAUAUCGACAUGCCCAAUGGCUGUAACGUCAAGAACGUCCAGUCGCCCUCGCAUCCCAUCUCCGUGACCCUGGGCAACACUUCAAACGACGCGACCAGUGGUGCCGAAAUGUCGCUACAGAAGGCUUCAGCGACUCUUGCCUUGUCUACCACAGAACUGGACAACGACUUUGUUCUGCAGGUUGUCGCCACCAACAUCAGCAAUCCUGUCGCUGUGAUGGAAACCCACCCCACGAUCCCCAACCACCGGGCUUUGAUGGUUACACUCGUGCCCAAGUUCAACCUCCCCUCGUCGCGGCCCGAGAUUGUCUUCCUCUGCGAUCGCUCGGGUUCCAUGCAAGGAUCCAAGGUUGAAAAUCUCAAGACGGCCCUGCAUCUCUUCCUCAAGUCCCUCCCUGUCGGUGUCAAGUUCAAUAUUUGCUCCUUCGGCUCGCGGUACGAAUUUCUGUUUCCCAACGGUUCUCGGACAUAUGACGAGUCUGCGCUUGAGGAGGCUACGCGCUACGUGGACAUGUUUUCUGCAAAUUUCGGUGGGACGGAUAUUUACUCGCCCAUGGAGGCAGUCUUCAAGAAGCGCUAUACCGAUAUAGACUUGGAGGUCUUCCUGCUCACGGACGGUGAGGUCUGGAACCAAGCGGCGCUGUUCAAUUUGCUGAACAAGCAAGUCGCGGAGACCAACGGCAGGGCCCGUGUAUUCAGCCUUGGAAUCGGCCGCGAUGUCAGCCAUGCGCUCAUCGAGGGCGUCGCGGCGGCCGGUAAUGGCUUCGCGCAGUCUGUUGGCGACAAUGAGAACAUGAACAGCAAGGUUGUCCGGAUGCUGAAGGCUUCUCUGACGCCGCAUAUCACGGAUUACACCCUUGAAAUCAAGUACAGCAAGGAACCCGCGGUCGACUCCGAUGACGACUUCGAACUCGUUGAGAAGGUCAUGGAUGGCCUGGCCAUCGACGUGCAGGAACCCGAGAAAGAGGAACCGCCUAAGAAGGUCAUCUCCCUCUUCGACGAAUCUGCCGAUCUCUAUGCUGCGAUGACCAAUGCGCCGACGAACACCUCCGCCGGCGGCAAGUACUCGCACGUCCCGCCGGUUUCAGAGCCCAAGAUGUUGCAGGCACCGUUUGUCAUACCCCCGCUCUACCCCUUCAACCGCACGUCUGUGUACCUGCUUCUCUCCCCGAAGACCAUCCAGAAACAGCCAAAGGCGGUCGUUCUCCGCGGCAGUUCACCUUACGGACCUGUCGAACUGGAGAUCCCGGUCACGGUGCUGCCAGAGAAAAGCGAGACCAUCCACCGGCUGGCCGCUCGUAAUGCUGUCAAGGAGCUGGAAGAGGGCCGUGGCUGGAUUUAUCAUGUGAGUGACGCCAAGGACGCCGCUGGUCCUCUGCUCAAAGACAAGUAUCCCGGUCGCUUCGGUGACAUGGUCGAGCGGGAAGCCGUCCGACUCGGCGUGUCAUACCAGGUGGGCGGCAAGUGGUGCAGCUUCGUGGCGGUUGAGGCGGACAACGAUGAAUUGGAGACGCAGGAGAUACAGCCUGGAGCUUCUCUGUCCGCCGCUGCAAAGGCUGAGCGCGAACGCAACAUGACGUUUGGUGGACGCGCGUCCCGCAGGCUCGCUAGCUACAAAGUUUGCCUCAAGUCGGUUCCCUCGGGGGCCCCGGCCGUUGUUAUUCUGGGCCAAUCUAACGACUCGGACAUAUCCGAAGAGUGGUCCGCCCCAGUACAACAAACAAUGUCCCACAGCGGCGGACUGCUCAGCAAUAUCAGCAGAGGAAAUAUGUCUAUGGGCUCUGCGGCAGCCCCCAGUCCCGGUACAUCAUCAGAAGUCCGUUUCAACCAGGCCGCGUCACACAGCGGAGGGCUUCUCGGCAAUGUUGGCGGGGCCCGGCGCACGCUCUUCGGCUCUGCCGCCCCUCACUUCAAUCCUGCAGUUGGGGCUUCACCGUCUCAGGCAGGGCCACUCUUUAGCCAAACCACCUCUCGAAACGCAGGUUUCUUCGGCAGCGUCAGCGGAGGAGGAGGAGGCGCCUCGCUCUUCGCCUCCGCCGCUCCGCCGCCUCCGCCCCCGGCGCCGGCCGCAUCUUUGUUCGGCUCCAGCCCCUACGGCGGAGUAACAUCCCCCCAGUGCUCGCUUCGCCGCUCGAGGGCGGAGGCACCAUGCCCACCAGCCAAAGCGGCCAAGCGCGCGAUGGACAAAGAGGAAGAAACUGAUCUCCCUGGAUCACAACACGAUAUGCAGCUCGAAGGCCUGAUCGGUGCGGAGAAGCUCAAAGCCCUUGUCUCCCUGCAGUCGUUCAGCGGAGCGUGGCGGUGGAGUCGGGAAGUGCUGGCCAUCCUGGGACUUGGGGCGGGUUUCACGGCACCUGUGCGGUUGGGGGGCGAGUGUGAUAAGCUUGCUACGGCGCUGGUGCUGGCUUGCUUGGAGGGGGAGUUGGAUGUGCUGAGGGAUGAGUGGGAGAUGAUUGCUGAGAAGGCUAGGGAGUGGUUGAGGGGUGCGCUGGAAGACGGGGAGGCCCUGAAGGGGUAUUGUGGGGAGACGAAGGCGCUGUUGAGGAAUCUAGGACAUUAUGGCGCCAGAUAGACUGGUCGUUUGGAUUCGUCCGAAGGUUUGUUGUUGGAUGAUACUAGGUAUGCUGUGAGGAGCCUGUUUGUCGCCUGCUGAGAGCUAGAUCUAUUGGAAAUGCGGUUCAGUCGGUUCAAGUGCUUUCGCAGCCAUUGCCGUUGCCUUCGUC